AUGGAAAUAGCUAUUCGAAAAGCCACUCGUUUAGAGUAUCGUCCUCCUAAACCAAAGCAUAUACAAACUCUUAUUAACUUGACAUUUCAUAAACCUGCUCUUAUUGAUGAAAUGUUAGUUACUUUGGCAAGAAGAGGUCGAGAAAACUCUUGGAUUAUUAUAUAUAAAGUACUUAUUAUUGUACAUACUUUAAUACGACAAGGCAAUGGAGAUCAGACUUUAUCUCGAUUAGAAAAACAUACCGAUGUACUUAGUAUACAACGAUUGAAGGAAAAGGCAUCAGCUUAUGCCAGUAUUCAAAAUUUACAUCUUUAUCAUGAUUAUUUGGUGGAUAGGGUAGAGGCAUAUCGAUUAUGUCAAAUUGAUUAUAUUAAAUCAACUUCCAAGCAUCAAGAAGGUCCACUUCGACAUCUUCCUGUUGCGCAAGGUCUAUUACGAGAAACUACAGUUGUUCAACGUCAAAUUGGUUUUUGCUUAUCUUGCAAGUUUCAAAUGGAUAUUGGAGAUAAUGCAAUCAAUUUUAAUGCAUAUCGAUUAGUAGUGGAAGAUUUAUUGGGAUUAUUUCAAGUGGUGAAUGAAGCCGUAAUGAAUAUUUUGGAACAUUAUUUUACAAUGACACAAACAGAUGCAAGAUUGGCAUUGGAAAUAUACAAACGAUUUGCUCAACAGACACAAGAAAUUACAGAAUAUUUAGAUAAUGCAAGAAAAAUACAAAAUGAACUUUCUAUCAGUAUUCCAAAACUUAAUCAUGCACCAUUAUCUUUGGCAUCGGCUCUGGAGGAAUAUUUGAAUGAUGAUGCAUACGAACAUAGACGACAAUCCUAUAUUCAAGAAAAACAGAAAGAAAAAAGAGGAUCUAUAUCAAACGGUAAAAAAAGCAAAACAAAAAAAGGGAAGAAGGAAGGUACGAUGAAUCAUUAUCUCAAUAUCUUGUCAGGGCAAUCGACAACACAAACAGCUCCAAUCUUCCCUAUUAAUACUCAUUUGAAACGAUCAACAUCGAUGAAUAUCAAUCCUACUACUAAUAUGAUGACAAGCACGUUGACCAUGUCUCCUACAUCUACAGGUAUCACUGGGCAUUCACCAACUUUUAACACAAAUCCAUUUAGAUUUAGUACUUUACCUAGACAACAGCAAUUUUCCACUGACACUCCGACAUCUUCCUCCUAUUCUUUCGAUAUUCAUAACAAUACCCGAAACCCUUUUCUACCCUCUUCUUCUUCUUCAUCAUCAUCUUCAAAUCGACCUCUUACUAUGAUUCAACCUCAAUCCACCAACCCUUUUGGAACAGCAUUGUAG